AUGAAUAAUAAUUUUGGAUAACAUUUCCAUCUAAAAACUGAUUUGCAUAUUUUACCAUAAUCAGAAGUCUAUAUUCGAUAGUAUUCACAAGAAGUAAAUUAUUUAUAAAUACUCAAGGAUGAUCCAAUUUGUAACAAUCAUGCUCGAACUUAAAGUUUAGGAAUAGAAAAGGUUGGUUCAGAUAAAUUCAACAUUAACUCUUAAAUUGAUACAGGAAAGCAGGAACCAAAUUUAACAAUCCCUCUAAUUCUCAAAUAGGUAUUAUUUAACUUUAUAAUAUAAGUAGACUGGAUCAGAAUUCUAAAUUAAUAUUGAUAAUAUCAUUCAUUUUAAUCAAUAAUGUAUGAUAAACUCAUAUCAUUAAGCUCUAACUUUAAUGAACUCCAAUUAUCCUACUAACAAUUUUAUUAAACUUGGUUCGAAUAAUGAAUUUUUAUAAAAUGAAGAAGAUAUUAGACCAUUCACUCCACCUUAAGAGGAAAAUAAUUUUUAAAACAAAAUUAUAAAUGAUGUCAUCGUAUUCCCUAGAAAAUCUUGUAAAUUUAAAGCAGCCGGUAAUCUAGUCUUAGGAAUAAGAAGAUUACAAUAAAAUGUUGUUGAAUAAAUUACAUCUUCAGUAUUAUUUAUAGGUAUUAGGAAUAAUUUUAUGAAAAAUUUAACCCAAGUCCAUGUUAAACAACUAAAAAUAUUCAUAAAGUUCAUCCUGUAUAAGAAUCUAAGGAUUUUUAAGUAUUGGAUAAGCUACAUCAAUUUAAACUAGUUUUUCAUUUAACUUAACACUCAAUGUCAGGUUCAUAUGAAGAUAUUUAAUAAAUGAUUAAAAUAUUAUAGAAAGAUCCAAAAAGGUAUAGUAGAAUAUUUCAUUAAAAUAGAAAUCUUACAAAUCCUUAAGAUGAAAAUCACAUUAUUAAUUAAUUUAAUUAAUACGGAUAAAAUUCAUUAUAUAUUGCUUGCAAAAAUGGAAAUGAUAAAGUAGUUAAGUUUUUAUUAUCACUUGAUUGUAAUGCACAUAUUAAAAGUCGGGUAUAUGCUGAUGUAACUGAAAGCCCUUUAGAUGUUUCAGUUAGAUGGCAUCAUUAUGAAUGUGUUAAAUUACUUUUAAAUUAAAUAAAAUAUAGUGAUGCAGAUUUGAGAUCAGCUAUAAAAAUUAGUUAAAAUCCAGAAAUAAUCAAUUUAAUAAAAAGGAAAAUGAGUUCUUCAUUAUUCUCAUGCUGUCUCUGA